AAUAAUCAAAUAAUCCAAGAAGAUUGAGGUUACGUUUCAUUGUUUUGAUUCUGAUUUCUAAUGUUUUCUUGUUUUGUUAUGAUUCUUUUAGAUUUUCAUAGAUUCCCCAUUAAUUUCAGUAGGUGAAUGAAAAACACUUUCUCAACAUUACUAGUAUGGAUCCUUCAAUUGAAAUAAGACGACUAUUACCAAGUCAGCUGAAAGAACUAUCCUCUAGAUUGGAAAACAAUGAGUAUUGGAAAGACCUGAUGAAGAUAAUACCUAAAAAUCUGGAUUCAAAUAACUUCAAGUGCGAUAUCAGUGUACACAAUCAACACAAGUACCAUUCAGAACAUUUCAGACUAAUUGAAAAUCACUCAGUGAAAUCGAGAAGAACAUGCACUGAAAUACUAUUCGAUGAAUGGGGAACUUCAGGGAGAAUAAGACCCACCCUUGGGCACCUGCUACACCUCUUGGUUAAAGCAAAACUUUUUAAAGCUGCUGAUUACGUGGCAGUGGAGAUUUUGCGUCAGCCCAAACCACAGAGGCCUGAAGGUGGUCCUGAAGCUGAAAUAACAGUUGAUCUAGAAAAAAUUAGAGAACAGGAGGAUGAGAUGGAAAGGCUCUUAGAUGAAAUUGAUUACCCAACACAAGCAGUGAAUUUGAUAAGGAGCAAUUCAGCUAAGGCAGCUUCAGUGAAAACACCGACACAGAUUCCCGAAAUUAUUGUCACACCUGAUGUUGAUUUGGAAAAUAAUGUGCCUAUUUUUGAAACACCUGUGGUCAUACAGAGAGAAAGAGAUAGUCAACAUACAGAGAGACAGGUUUCAGAUAUGAUCCAAUUUUCAUCUGAUCAAAUUUCUAACUCAGGGGAAGGAACAAAUCGUCCCACUGAAAUAAGCACCCCGUCAAACUAUUCGAAUUCCAGUUCAAGUUCGUACAUAACAGAUGAUACAUGCACUUCAACUGAGACUUCUGAUUCUAAUCAAACCAGCGGUCCUGCCUUCAGUUUGAUUUUAGGAUCAUCUGAGCCAAAUGAACCUGCACCUGCAAGUGAUUCUGAGAACUUUCCUGCAUUCAGUCAAAUCACUGAUGUGCCUCCAAAUCUUCCUGAUCUGAGUUUACUGAAUCUUGAAGACGACACACAAUCUAACGCUGAAUCCCCUACAGAUUACAGUUCUGUAGUUCCAUCAGGAAACAGCUUCUGCAUUCCUGAUCUUCAAGCACUACAAAGCGAUACCCAACAUGAUUUGGAAGAAGUGGAAGAAGGGUUGUCUAGUGCCUUACCGGACUUUGGUGCCUUAAACAUUACAAGUGAUGGUGUCUUGAACAUUACAAGUAAUCCUAGUGCCUUGAACAGUACGAGUAAUAGUAGCGCGGCUAGUCAAAGCGUAACACUGAAUGUAUCUUCACGGGUGUCUUCUAAUAACUCGCUCAGAUCGACUUGCUCCUCUCCACUGCCCGUUCUUUCUUUGAACACCGAGCUGCCUCACUUCAGCUAUUCCAAGCUGGUGGCUGCCACGAAUAACUUCAACGAAGAACGCUUCACCAGUGAAAACGCCAGCGGAAGAUUCUUAGGUUCGGGGGAGUUCGGAUCGGUCUUCCUCGCUUUAGAUCUGAUCGACAGGCGGGUGGCUGUCAAGAAGUUGUCGCUGGGUGGACUGGAGGUCGUCAAUGUCGACGAUCAGGUGACCAAGCAGUUUCGCAACGAGGUGGAGGUGCUGAGCAAGUACAAACACGAGAAUUUGCUGACGCUGCUCGGGUUCUCCUGCGACGGGUGCACGUAUUGCUUGUUGUACGAGUAUAUACCUGGAGGAGCUCUCAGAGAUAGAUUACAGGUUGACGAAAACAUUCUUUCAUGGAAACAACGUUUGAAUAUUGCUGUAGGAACAUCGAAGGCCAUUUCUUAUUUGCACACUGGGUUCUCAAUCCCACUAAUUCACAGAGACAUAAAAUCGGCAAAUAUUUUACUUGAUUCGAAGAACAAUCCCAAGUUAGGUGAUUUCGGGUUGAUCAAGUUGCUCCCAAAUCAGAGCGCCAGCGUUGGCACUUCAGUUUUCGGAACUUCUGCCUACAUGCCUCGGGAAGCAUUCGGUAGAGAUAUAUCUGUCAAACUAGAUACAUUCAGUUUCGGUGUGGUCCUCCUCGAGUUGAUUACCUCUCUACCUCCAGUGGAUGAAGACAGAGAUGGUUCAGAUUUGGUGACUCAUAUAAGUGAAACAGUGGAAAAUGAUGAUAUACUUCCUGUAGUGGAUUUCAAAGCAGGAAGUUGGUGCGAGAGUGAUGUGAACUAUGCCCUAGGACUGUACAGGAUAAGCCUCGAAUGUUUGAAGGAAAAGAAAAAUCGACCCACCAUGGUCGAAGUGAAAAUGGCUCUAGACGAACUCACAAAAAAUGUACAACUCUUCUAA